CCCGCUUGCACUGCGGGGCACGGCCCGGUUUUUAUGCGGGAGUAGCGGGACCUGAUGUUGCAUUUUCUCAACGGUGCAGUCAGCCUUACUGCUAGGCGCGGAGAACCAGGAGUAGGGAACAAACCAGACGGGAACAAUAGGCCUCCAGACUGUGAGCUCUGAGGGUCGCAAGGGGGCGCUGUGGCUGCAAGCCGGCGGGGUCGGCUGAGCUUGCAGGGUAGUGGGGUGGGUGUGACUGAGGCGGACUAGGGUGGGAUGGAAUGUGUGUGGGACCUGGUUCCGAGAAUGGAGAGUAGGCAUGGCCGAACUGAAGAGGGUUGGUUAUAUGCGGGUUGGACUGGUCUGGGGCAGGCUAAAGGGGUUUGGGAGGAGUGUGCUUCAGGGGCCGACAGCUCAGCGCAGAGACAUGCAGGGGCGGAGCGUUUGUCUCCUUUUCUGUGGGAUCCCUGAGGUUUCAGAGUCUUUGUUUCCUCUUCUUGCUGUUUCUCUUUUGAUACUGAGAUAGGGUCAGAGAGAGGUGCUCUUGUCUCAAAAAGGCCCCUCCUGGAGCUGUUUUGCACCUGGCUUAGCUUUGAGUCAUUUAUAUUUAUAAAAUAUCUUUAAAAAAGACUUUCAUCUUGAAAUAUUUUCAGAAUUCCAAAAAGUUGCAAAAGAAUUCCCAUAUAGGUUCACCCAGAUCUCCCACUUGUGAGCAUCUUUUUAACAGAACAAACAGCAGAACCAUGUCCUAUAACAUCCAAGCCAGGAUUUACUUGCAUUUAAUUAUCUUGUCUUCUUGGAGAAAUUAACAUUUUCAAUAGCAGAGCCCACUCCCCUUCUCCCCAAGACCCUUCAGAGUGGUUCUGGCAGCUCCAGGAUUAAAAUCAAGGUUCUUUUAUCUUUGCUGGGUGCUCAGUCCAGUUGAAAAGGUCCACCUGGUCCUCUGGGCAGUUUUGGUGCAGGUUGAUCACCAUUUGCUCCACUAUGUAGUCUCUGCCAGGGGCUGCCUCUCAGGCUAGCUUCUUGCCCUUUUUAGGCUCCUCCAUUCCUCCUUCCCUCCUUCCCUCAGAUAGUUUCUAAAGACUUCUUCCUUGGCGAUCAUCUCCUUCAGUCUGCGUUUCCUUCCCUGGUAACCUCUUAAGAUUUUGAGCUUUCCACAAAUCCUCAGAAAAUGCACCAAUUUAUGACUCCAGGCCAGGCUGUUUCUUGGUCCCAGGCCCACAGAGUUUGUGGUCUGCUGGAUGCCAUUCUGAGUAAUGCUCCAAACAUUUCUGUCUCAGAUGUGCUCACCACAUCUGGCUGCCUUCUAGAGCUCCCAGCCUCCAUGAAUUGCAUCUCUGUGUUCCAGCCAUAUAGACCUGAAGUCUAGUAGGUGACUCUGACUAGCCUGUCUCCCUUGCCUCUUAAACAGUGAUCUAUAUUUAUUGUUACUUUUUAAAUCCCACUUGGGCAGGUUCUUUUCUUCUGAUAAACACCACUCAGUUGUAUACACAGCAGUUAGAAUAAGCUUGUUAAAAAUGCAAAUUUGAUGGUUUUGUAUUCUGUUGGUAAUUUUAUGUAUUAAAAAAAAAGGCCUUAAUAGGACAGGUUCAGCCUUUUCUUGAACCCUUUCACUAGAUUCCCUACUCUUUUCAGACUGGCAUUUCUUUCCCUUCAUGUUCUUCUGCUCCCUUUGCCUGGGAUCUUGUUUCUUGCCUACUCAGGGAAUUCUUGCUCUUUGUGUAGCUCUCCAGCCAGUCAUCCUUUCCCUGGGAAAGUGUUCUUUCAUUUCCUUGACUUGUUCCAGUUUUUGUGUUAUGCAUCCUAAUCUCCCCCACCCCGUCUCCUUGGUAACCCUGCCCUAGCUGCAGUUUGAGUUUUGUACAUGUGUUCCUGGCACCUAGUAGAUACUUUAUGUGUUUGGAUGAGGGAGAGGUGGGGGUACCUAAUAUGGGUGCCUAAUAGCUUCUAUCUGGACAUUAUUCCCUUUUGGAGUAUGCUUAAUCUGGGGGUACACUGUCCUUUGUGAGUUCUCUCAGGCAGGGCAAAAGGGAUGGAGGGAUUCACAUGAGGAGAUGGAGGGCUAAGGAGCAAUCUGAGAACUACUAAAAGUGAAAAUGAGGAAGUGUGGUCUGAGGACCACAGAAAGGGAGAUGGGUUUCCUGCCUAGCUGUCCCUCUCCCAGCCGGCUGAGUCCACUGUAUUAGACUCUCCACUGAUAGACAUUUCCUGUGUAUGGUUUCAGAGAAUCUUUAAGAAGUAUGCUUUGGUUAGUGUUAAACCAUAUAUCAGUAGUUUCUGGUUCUUUCCUAAAUAGCUAUCUCAAAGCCAGAAAGUGAAGAUGAAGAUGAAGAUGAAGGCCUACAACAGGAUGCUGCUGGGGUGCCCUGGAGUGUGACUAUUAUUUCCGGGGCACUAGUAGUUUGUUUAUUGGGGCCUACUGCAUGCCAGAAGCCAUAUUGACUUCUGAGGAUCCAGAGAUGGGCUUAAUUCUCAGAUGGGUCAUUUUAGUCAUAUGUGAUAAAAACUGUGAUAGAAGAAUCCUUUACUGAAAGCUUGGUGGAUGCAGAAAGGUAUUGCAGGGUCAUCUAAGCUGAGGUGGUGGCUGUGAGUGUCCUUGAUCUUAUUCUAGAGCCUGAUAUGAUUGUGACCUGGGGAAACUGGAGCCCUGGGUGUAGAUGUUAGUGAGUGAAUGAGGCCAGCCGAGGGCAUGGCAGAGGAAGAGGUGAUGAGCUGCCGAGAGGCAGAGCUACUGUGAAAUGGUAACAGGUCACGUUUCCUGCCCCAAACCUGGCUGAACUUGGGGAAAAGGUCACAGUGUUUGAUUUUUAUCAGACUUGUACCAAAGCACCUCUUAAUCACGUAGAGUAUUUCUGUACCAAAAUUGUUGAUAGCUGUAAUUGGUUAAGGAAAUACAGAUUAUAGAGAACCUCAGAUCAAUUCAGGUUUGCUGCAACAGUUUGUGGCAAACUUUUGAAAAUGUUUAGUUUUCAGAAUUUUCGACUAUUUUAAUUGCAAGGGGUGUUGUGGUUCUUAACCCGUUGCUAAUACUCUGUGAAUCCAUGUCUUUUGUGUGUACUUUAUACACAUUCAUGCGCGUUUUCACAAGAGAAUGAUAGCAGAUAACCAUUUCAUGGGUGAGGAGAUAAGGGCACAGAGAAGGUAAAUGACUUGGCAAGGUUGCACAGCUUUAUCUCUGAUGGUUCCAUAUUCCACAUUCUUACCAGGCUUCAGGCUUGGGAGUGGACAGGGUGGAGGAAUUUGAAGGACCAAGCCUUUCUCACACACAUGGUAUUUAACUGCAUGUCUCUCUUGCCAGCCAUCAUUGGUGCCAAAGAAAGUGAGAACAGAAGAGACUGGAGCUCUGUAGACAUUGUGGUCACAUACCCAGAUUCACUGAGGGCCUGUGGGGACUAGUGGCUAUGAUUCCUGGAACUUAAGGUCUAGUCUGAUAAUGAACUUUUCUCAUAAGUCUUAAAGGAAUUUAAGUAUGAUGUCAAGUGGACCAGUCAGGGUAGCAGUCAGGGGCAUCGUGUGAGGCUAGGAUAUAGGCUAGUUGGCCUUUGAGAAAAUUUGGGUAAACAAUUUCAGAAGGCUACAAUAAGGACAUUCUUCAUAAAGGACACAGGUAACUGUUCAUUUUUUUCCCCCUUCUAGCUGUGCAAGAUGUAUGUGCUCUGGAAUACCACAGAUGGACGUCUGCCUGCCAGUCCUUCAUCUCUACAGAGCAGUACUCCUCCUGUGGGCCACUGAGUGGCUUUCCCAGAUAGUUUGUGUUUCUUUGCCAGGGUCCCCGUGCCUGUUUGUGUUUGUGUAUGUGAAUGGUACAUACCAAAGCAUGGAACAAGAACAAAGAUUAAUAAGCAAGUCUGAAUAUCCUACUCAGUUUAAGAAAUAGAACCCUACCAAAAUUUUAGAUACCUCCAAGUGUCUGCGAUAAUUGCAUCGUUUCUCUUCAGAGGUUCUUUAGACUCUGAAUAAAGAUAGUCUCGCCUUCCCAGUUCAUCAUGGCUUCACCCUCAAGAGUUGACACUGCUAGAAGAGGUACCCGCUCAAAGGUGAAGUCCACUAAGCUGCUUGAGGUUCUGAAUGCUUUGGAGGAGGAAGAGUCUGGCAACAACAGGGAGGAGAUUUUCAUUGCGCCUCCUGACAAUGCUGCAGGGGACUUCACAGAUGAGGAUUCUGGGGAUGAAGAUGGCCGGCGAGGUGCUCAACUGCCUGGCAGUAUGCUCCAUGCGUCCGUUGUGUCUGAGGACUCUGGCACUGGGGAGGAUAAUGAUGACCUGGAGCUGCAGCCAGCCAAGAAGAGGCAGAAGGCAGUAGUGGAGCCUCAGCAUGUCUGGACCAAGAGAGAUAUUCGACCAGAGUUUGGCAGUUGGACAGCAUCAGAUCCGCACAUUGAAGACCUCAAAAGCCAGGAACUAAGUCCCGUAGGCCUCUUUGAAUUGUUUUUUGAUGAAGGAACAAUUAAUUUCAUUGUUAAUGAAACCAAUCGUUAUGCUUGGCAGAAGAGUGUCAACCUGGGUCUCACAGCCCAGGAAUUGAAGUGUGUUUUGGGCAUUUUGAUUUUAAGUGGGUAUAUCUCCUAUCCAAGGAGAAGGAUGUUUUGGGAAACCUCUCCUGACUCACAUCAUCAUCUUGUAGCUGAUGCAAUUAGAAGGGACAGAUUUGAACUGAUCUUCUCAUACCUCCAUUUUGCAGAUAACAAUGAACUUGAUGAAAGUGAUAGGUUUGCCAAGGUCAGGCCCCUUAUCGUCAGGAUGAACUGCAAUUUCCAGAAGCAUGCUCCCUUGGAAGAGUUCUAUAGCUUCGGUGAGUCCAUGUGUGAAUACUUCGGGCACCGGGGAUCCAAGCAGCUGCACUCAGGGAAACCUGUGAGACUUGGCUACAAAAUCUGGUGCGGGACAACCAGCAGAGGAUACUUGGUGUGGUUUGAACCUUCACAAGGCACAUUAUUCACCAAGCCAGACAAGGGCUUGGAUCUCGGAGGCAGUAUGGUCAUAAAAUUUGUGGAUGCGCUUCAGGAGCGUGGCUUUCUGCCAUACCACAUAUUUUUUGACAAGGUUUUUACAAGUGUCAAAUUGAUGUCCAUUUUGAGGAAAAAGGGGGUGAAGGCCACAGGAACUGUUCGUGAGUAUAGGAUUGAGCGAUGUCCCCUCAAAGAUCCCAAAGAGUUGAGAAAAAUGAAGAGAGGCUCAUUUGAUUACAAAGUUGACGAGAGCGAGGAGAUCAUUGUGUGCCGCUGGCACGACAGCAGCAUGGUCAACAUCUGCUCCAAUGCUGUGGGCAUAGAGCCAGUGAGGCUGACUAGCCGUCACUCGGGAGCAGCCAAAACACGAACUCAGGUCCACCAGCCAUCACUGGUGAAGCUGUAUCAGGAGAAGGUGGGGGGUGUUGGCAGGAUGGACCAGAAUAUUGCCAAGUACAAGGUGAAGAUCCGGGGCAUGAAGUGGUACUCGAGCUUCAUUGGCUAUGUUAUUGAUGCUGCCCUCAACAAUGCAUGGCAGCUGCACAGGAUCUGCUGCCAGGAUGCACAGGUGGACCUCCUUGCCUUCCGGAGAUAUGUUGCCUGUGUGUACCUAGAGAGCAAUGCUGACAUGUCCUCACAAGGGAGGAGAAGCAGGCGGCUGGAAACUGAGAGCCGCUUUGAUAUGAUUGGGCACUGGAUUAUCCACCAGGACAAGAGGACCCGAUGUGCCCUCUGCCACUCACAGACCAACACCCGGUGUGAGAAGUGCCAGAAAGGCGUCCACGCCAAGUGUUUUAGGGAGUACCACACCCGGUGAUGGCAAAGGUGUGCUUGUUUUGGUUUAUAAUGGGGUGUCUACAGAUAAUUACAUCCAGUAGUUAAAGCACUUCUGUUUUAUUUGUGUAGGAAAAAGGACCUGAAUUCUCAAUGACUUGGUUUUGUAUUUUCUCCUUAUCCCCAUUAUUAUUAUCUUUUUUAUUAUUGUAUAUGCCUACAUGAAAUAUAAAGUAGUGUUUAUGUUAGGAAUCAUGAAUGUUUGCAAAUCUGUAUUUUGUACCAUUAUUUAUUUAAACUUAUCCAAAUAAAUAAAAAUCUUGCUUUGGGGUAUA